UCAUAAAAAUGGCCCCCAGGUUCCCUGUUUGGUUCGCGUAAGCCACCGAAGAAAGCACUAUCGGUUCAUAGGAAGAUACCGUUGCUUGACAGCUAAAAUCACCUGUCAGAAGUUACAGUUCGAAGGCACAAAGGCGUGUUGUCAAAGAGGAACCAGCAGCUGGUACGAAUUGCAAAGAAAUGAGAGGAAAAUUUCUCGGUCUGCGGUUUCCCAGUCGGUAUGGCGGCAUUCCAUUCAACGGGCAGUACGACGAGGGCAGCAUUCCUGGCAGAAAGAAAAGAUCCCUGUAAGUGGACAAAAAUGGCAAUAGGCAAGAAGCUGAACGGCAGAUUUCGAAUUUACAUUGGGCUUAAUUACUUUAUGAAUCUCAUAUAAGCAAUACAGAAACUGCAUCCUGCAACAGAAGGGAAAAAACCCACCACCUGCCUGCUUAAAGUUUCGAUGCUGUGGGAUUCAUCCCACCAUGGCUUUGGUGAUGGCUGGCAGGCUGUGGUCCAGCAGGGAGGAGGGCCUCCCUACGGCAGCCUCCACCUCCUCUCGUCCCAGGGAGUAAACCUGCGGGGACGGCACCGCUGCAAAAUAUUACUAGUGACAGCAGGCAUCGGCCGGAGCUCAUCCCCCCGCAAAGGCUGGAACAAAGCUCUGACAAGAUGUGCGGUGCAAAAAGUAAAUCAUUAAUAUUUAUCGGACUGCUUUUCAGCUGCCUAGAAAUGAUCUUUUCAUCUAACACAGGUUUCUCUGUGUCUGUAUACGAUGUGACAUCAUGGAGCAUUUAUCUCAGAUGGCCCAAGAUUUCAGGAGCCUCUUCUUACAGAGUCACAGCUACCGCUGUCAAUACUGUAGGCCAUUCAUUACUGUCUCAUUUUAGUGAUGUUACACUGAAAGGAACUCUAACUUCAUUAAUUCCCAAUACUAUUUAUGCUAUACAAGCAGAAGCUAUUGACAAGAAUGGACUUAUUCUUGCAGAAACACAGAUUAUGCAGUCAACAGCUCCAGACAUACCUGUUAUUGAGCAAGCUUAUUCAAAACUUAGCAGCAGUAUCACAGUGGAAUGGAGAGCAGUACCUGGGGCUACUAGUUAUCUGCUGACUGCACAAGAUGGAGAUUCCUUCACUGAAACUGUAGUUACAAAUUCUCCAGGCACAGUGACGGGACUGAAACCUGCCACCUUGUACAGAAUCACUAUCAGAUCUAUAAAUUCGGGAGGAAAAAGCCGGCCUUCACCUUUCAGAAAAGCAAAAACAGUCCUGGCUGCUCCGAUUCUGUCUGUUAGUUCUCCGAGUUGUGACUCCAUUGCUGUGAGCUGGAAGGCUGUGUAUAUGGCAGCUGGAUUCUCUGUGUCCCUCAUGAGAUCAGAUGGUUUGGGCAGAAUGCUGAAGGAGAACACCACCAAUACCUCCUUGAUAUUUACAAAUCUAGAUCCAGGAACUCUCUAUACUAUCAAGGCAUAUGCCUGGAAUGUCAAUGGGAUCCCUGGAGAUGAUUUCACAUAUAACCAAAGAACAAGUCCUAAGACACCAGCGGAUGUUCAAGUAGCUUUUAAUAGUGGUGCUUUAAGAGCUAUUGUUUCUUGGAUGCCAACAGAAGGAGCUCUAACUUACAGUGUGACAGCCUCCAGUGGACUCUUGAAACUGAAGUGUAACACAUCUUCUGCCUCCUGCAUGGUGCCAUCGCUCCAGUGCAGCUCUGAAUAUUAUGUUUCUGUCACAGCAUACAAUGAUGCUGGAUCCAGUAAACCUACUGAUGCAGUAAGCUUAAAAACUAUUCCUUGUGCACCAGAAAAUGUAUCAAUUGAAGAGGAUGAACCUGGCCACUUGUUGGUAUCAUGGUCUAGCGUCAAUUUUGGUCAUUAUUAUGUGGUUUUUGUGAAGAGUGAUGAUGGUCUGGAGGUGCACUGCAACACAUCACAUACUCAAUGCCAUUUCCAGUCGGACUGUGGCUUCACUUAUUUCAUUAGUGUCUUUGCAUAUAACAAGGCUGGGCAGAGUCCUUUAGGUGAUGUAUUCAAUUACACUACUGCACCUUGCUGCCCCGGCGACAUCAGGGCGGCGGCGGUGUCGAGCGACACCCUGCGUGUCACCUGGGCGCCUGUCCGCGGUGCUGAAAUGUACGCGACCCGGGCGCGGGGCGGCAGCGGCGAGGUGCUCUGCAAACACACCGCCGCCGCCUGCACCUUGUCGGCUCUCCGGUGCGACACCCGCUACGACAUCACGGUCUAUUCUUUCAGCGAGGCCAGGGGCAGCAACACGUCCUGUGCGUCUAAGAGCGUGGCAACAGCUCCCUGCAGUCCUGAAAUUAAAAAUAUCUCAAAGGAGACUCUUUCUGUAAUCAGUGUGCACUGGCAAUCUAACAACAAAGAAGCUACGUAUAUUGUCACUGCUAGAGGAGAGGCUGGACUUUGGCAUUGCACAAGCUCUGGAAAUUCCUGUACCUUAAUUAAUCUUCCCUGUGGAUCUGCUUUCUCUGUUAGUGCUAUAGCAAGAUCACCAGCAGGACAGAGUUUACCAAGCUACAGUGUCCCUUUAGAGACAGCUCCUUGUUGCCCUAAUGAGCUGAUACUAACUCAAGUGACACAGUCUGUAACAAAUAUCAGCUGGUCUGUUGGGAUGGGUGCACAGACGUAUGUAACAGCACUGGAGUCUCCAAAAGGACAGGCAAAGUGUCACACUCUUCAAAACUACUGUCUCCUGGGAUGCAUCACAUGUGGCACCAACUACACAGUAUCUCUGAAAGCAAUCAGUGAAACGGGUUUGACAUCCAGUUGCACGUAUCAAGGAUAUUCUUCCAGUGCUUGCUGCCCUUCUGGGGUGAAGCUCUAUAGACUCGGCAAUAAUGGUAUCAGGGUGUAUUGGCGAGCUUCUGAUGAAAAGAUAAACUACAAUACCGAUUUACAUGGCUCAAAAGGCAAUUUCACCUGUACCCCUAGCUCAGGUCUCAGUCACUGCGAUAUCACUGAGAUACCUUGUGGGGAUGUCUACACAGUGGUAGUAUCUCCAGUUACUGAUAAGGGGCCGAAGCUUACAUUUUGUCCUAAAAAAAUAUAUUCAGUAACCUGUUCUGGAAGCUCUCUUGGAAUGGUGAUUUAUAGAGGAAAGAGCAAUGCAGAACAACAUAUCUAGAUGAAAAUCCUGGUUUGGAUAAGGAGGACACAGUUGUACUGCGUAUCUCACUCACUGCUCCUGAUCACUUCCACAAAAUAAUCUCAUGGGAAUCUUACUCUUCAAUACAUUGAUUGUAGAUGGCCCAAGAAUUACAUGUUGCUUCUUAGAACGAGAUCUGCGUUUAUUCACUGUCAAAUAAGGCUUUCUUUAGGAAACGUUAUUUACUGCCCUGCAUUACUUAAUAAAAAGAUGCUUUUCUCAUUUAAUUUGAAAAAAAAAAAAAAAAGUAAAUACAAGUAUUGUUCAUGACUUUCUUCCUGAGGGUUUUAUUUAAAUAUUUUUUCUUUGCAGUCAUCAUGACAUCAUUGUCACCAAAGCCUAAGUGUUUAACCAGAUGGCUAUUAACUGGAUUUUCAGAGGUCUAAAGCAGUCAGUUUCUCUUGGAAUCAAAUUCAAGCCACAGCUUUCUUGUUUCAUAUAAACAAUUCUGAUAUUUCCAUGCUUUAACAGUAACCUUAAUGUAUUUCAAGCAAUUAUAAACUGUUGUAUUUUUUUUCCAUUCUUCCUGGCAUACAGACAUUGACAUCUCAAGAUUGACACUACAACCUUGACAAUGCUGCAGUACUAUUUUCAUCAGCUCCUCUCAUUUUCAUGAGUGAAAAUGAAAAUUGUAAUUGUAACAGAAUGUAUUAUUUGCAUGUCUGUUAAAAAAAAAAAAAAGAAAACAAAAGAAAAGGCAAAAACCUGAAGAGGGGUCAAAAUUCCAAGAAAAACUAUAUACAUUCAGCUUAAAACAAGUAGGUAACAAUAGUUACCAAACAUGGAGGAAAAGCAACACAACCAAACCGAGCCAGAUCCACACCUCCUGCUGUGGCUGUGUGCGUGUUGCAGGCGUUGUUACUCAGGCAUUAGACAUUGUCUAAUAAUAAUUAGCACUGCUGAUCUGUGAAACAUCACUGGCACUCAUUGAGGUGAUUAAAAAACUUUAGUCAGGAUUAGUUUCAGGUUCUCUCCAGGUUGAGGCAAAUGCUUUUUUAUGGGUCAAACUGGCUUGUUUUAAGAUCACAGGAAAGGACAAUUAGAUGUAGUGUUUUCAUAAUUUCUAUACUAUUUACCUUUAUAGAGCUCUGGUCUUCAUGAAGCAAAAAAAGCAACCAGCCAAGAAAACCCAAAUAAACUCCAAAAUAACAAAACAAAACAAAAAAAUACAGGGGGAACCCCAAACCAACUCUACAAACCUACUAAAAGAAGAAAAAUUUGACAAUCGAGAAAAUUCCUGUUGGAAGACCCAGAGAUAGGCAGCAUAUUGAUAUGCUAAGUAAAAUGAAUGCGUUCAGAACCGUAUCUGUGAAAUCACUUCUACUAAAAAAUUAGGUGAUUAAAAACACCUUGGUUAUUUCAUGAUAGAUGCAUUCAUUAAUGCUUACUUAAUAAAAAUGUUAACAAAGGAAUAAUUUUAAAGAUGUAUUAGUUGCAAUUACACUAAGAUGAACACUUGCAAAAAAAAAAUUGUAUGUAUUGUUCCAAAUACAAAUUAUUUGUAAUUGUGUUCAACACAGAAUAGCUAAAAAUUUAGAUAGGCUCUUUUCAGUCCAGUAAAGAAACUGGCAAAAAUCUAUCCUUUGGUUUGUUUCAGAUUUGACCCAAAAUUGCUGAGAUUUAAGAAGCGUUCUCCCAUAUCCAGCUAUUGCUGGGGAAGAGGGGGGGGGGGGCGGGAAAAGAUACAACAAUCACAUUGCAAAACCUUAAGAGUGGCGUUUAAAUGCUGGUUUACCCUGCUGGUGGACAUCUCCUGUAUGUAAAGUCACAUGCACUUCACAGCAGUGCGGAAAGGGCUCAAACAUCUACCAAAGCCAGUAGAAGUCAUCUAUUUCUCUCAGGUUCCCCUUAAGAGAUCCUGUCUUUGAGUCAGUACAGUAAUAUUCAGCUGUAAAUACUAAAAGUAUGAGCUUAUUCAUGUUUCUUCAUUAACAUAUAAAGUAUAAAAAACAUGGCUAAGCACGGUGUAUCCAGUACCCCACAACGUGAUCUGAUAAAUUGCCCUGCCAUUCAAGUCACCUAUUUCAAUAUAGAUAAUCAAAGUACCACUCCUAUUAUGUUUAAAAGUCAGAUACAUCCAAGUCCUUUUGCACUAAUUACCUGCAGUUAUGUGGCAUUAGGUAGAUGGGAAUCUCUGGGGCCAAAGUCUUGACCCUGCCUCAAAAUAAAAGAAUGCCAGUUUGCUGCUUCUUAAGAUCUGUAAUAUUGUUCGACUAAUCGAGUAGCAUCUUCAAAAGAGUAAAAACAAAGUAGAGGUGUAUUUCUCAAAUUAGUAUUAGUAGUCCAAAUAAGUACUUAUUGUUGAAGCCACAGGAAAUUUCCAAGAUAGGUGAGGCUUCAGGAGGAAUGACCAUCCCAGCUAGGCAACUAUGGACACGUGGCAUUCUGUGGAACUUCAGGUUCUUAGUGUUUGGUUUGUUGCGCUUUUACCCUGAGAACUGAAAAAUAACUGUAGGGGCUCCAUCAGACAGGAGUUCUGCAACCAUACCUCCGAGGAAGACUCUCGCAAUACCUCCAAAUUGUCGGAAAUUUUCUUCUAAUGACCCCAAGCCAAAUGUCCACUGCAGCCGUACUGCUCGCAACUGCAUCAGACCCACCAGCACUGGAGACUCCACUGAUCUUACCAUUUCUCAUCAGAGCUGCUUUGUUCAAGUUCUGUGGAUCUGUUCCUCCCGCUUUCAAGGAAGGCCACAUGAAAUAAAACGGCAUCAGCAAGACAAAAAAGAAUUAAAGAGUCUCUGGAUCCAAACUCAAGAGCUGCAAAAUACUAAACCCCAAUGGCAACUUUAAGUUCGGUGUCUUGCUUAAAUCGUUUUCACAGAAUCACAGAAUCUUCAUGGUUGGAAAGGACCUUUGAGGUCAUCGAGUCCAACCAAACAACCUACAAUCUCUGCCCUUCAGAGCAUGCCCUGAAGUGCCACAUCUAGACAUUUCUUAAAUAUCUCUAGGGAUGGUGACUCAACCACCUCCCUGGGCAGCCUGUUCCAGUGCCUGACCACUCUUUCAGUAAAGUAAUUCUUCCUAAUAUCUAAUCUAAACCUCCCCUGCCGCAACUUCAGACCAUUUCCUCUGGUCCUGUCAUUAUUCACCUGGGAGAAGAGGCCAACACCCACCUCUCCACAACCUCCUUUCAGGUAGUUGGAGAGGGCAAUGAGGUCUCCCCUCAGCCUCCUCUUCUCCAAGCUAAACAUGCCCAGUUCCCUCAG